AUGGUAAAUGGAAAUCCGAUGAACUCAUUGGCAGAACAGGCGAACAAACUGUUGGAUUUCAGUCACAAAUUGGACAUUAAUUUGUUAGACAGUGUUGUCAACUGUAUGUAUGGCGGAGAAGGGGCUCAACAACGGGUCGCUCAGGAGAUACUGACCACUCUUAAAGAACAUCCGGACGCGUGGACUCGAGUGGACACGAUUCUCGAGUUCUCCGGCAAUCAGGAGACCAAAUACUAUGCGCUCCAAAUCCUCGAGAAUCUGAUUAAAACUCGAUGGAAAGUAUUGCCCGAAAAUCAAUGCGAAGGCAUCAAGAAAUUGUGGACACGAUUCUCGAUAUUGCCCGAAAAUCAAUGCGAAGGCAUCAAGAAAUUCAUCGUCGGUCUCAUCAUUAAGACCUCAUCCGAUCCGUCGACUCUCGACAGAGAAAGAGUUUAUUUAAACAAAUUAAAUAUGAUUUUAGUUCAGAUAUUGAAGAGAGAAUGGCCUAAAAAGUGGCCCAACUUUAUCGAUGACAUCUGCGGCGCGUCCAAAACAAAUGAAAGUCUUUGUCAGAAUAAUAUGAUUAUUUUGAAACUAUUGAGUGAGGAAGUGUUUGACUUCUCGUCGGGUCAGAUGACUCAGGCAAAGGCCAAACAUCUAAAGGACACGAUGUGUCAGCAGUUCCGGGAAGUGUUCACGUUAUGUCAGUUCGUGAUGGAGAACUCAAACAACGCCACUCUUAUUCAGUGCACUUUAGAGACAUUAUUGCGAUUUUUGAAUUGGAUUCCUUUGGGCUAUAUCUUCGAAACGGGUCUAAUAAAUGCACUCAUAUUUAAGUUUCUAAUCGUUCCGAUGUUCCGAAACGUGACGCUCAAGUGUCUGACGGAAAUAGCGUCCGUCAAAGCGAUCACUUAUGACGAGAUGUUUGUAAUGAUGUUCACGUCGACGAUGACACAGUUGGAGCUGAUGCUGGCGCCCAACUCCAACAUUAAGGACAACUACGCCAACGGACAGGACGACGAACAGAAGCUGAUCCAAAACCUGAGCCUCUUUUUGUGCACAUUCUUGAAAGAACACUCACAGCUUCUCGAGACGGAGACCUCUCUUCAGACCGUAUUAUUGGGUGCUCUGCACUACUUAUUGCUUAUCUCAGAAGUAGAUGAGGUGGAGAUCUUCAAGAUAUGUCUCGAAUACUGGGGCGCAUUGGCCACAGAACUGUAUCGCGAGUCACCGCUCAUGCAUUCGUCACCGUCUGCUUUGAGGACACAUUCCGUGUACGGCUCGAGCGGACAGUCGUUUCUAAUGGCUCCGCGACGAAAGCUCUACCAAUCAGUUCUGACCAAAAUUCGGUACAUAAUGAUCGGCCGAAUGGCCAAACCCGAGGAGGUGUUGGUGGUGGAGAACGAGCAAGGUGAAGUGGUCAGGGAGUUCAUGAAAGACACCGACUCUAUACAACUGUAUAAGAAUAUGAGAGAAACUCUCGUGUAUUUGACUCAUUUGGAUUGUGCGGACACCGAACGCAUAAUGACUGAAAAGCUUCACAAUCAGGUGAACGGCACAGAGUGGUCGUGGAGGAACCUAAACACGCUGUGUUGGGCCAUCGGCUCCAUCAGCGGUGCCAUGAGUGAAGAGGACGAACGACGAUUUCUAGUCACUGUUAUUAAAGAUCUUUUGGGAUUGUGUGAACAGAAAAGGGGUAAAGACAACAAAGCCAUCAUCGCAUCCAAUAUCAUGUAUGUCGUCGGACAGUACCCGCGCUUUCUCAGAGCCCACUGGAAGUUCUUGAAAACUGUCGUCAAUAAGUUAUUUGAAUUUAUGCACGAAACACACGAAGGCGUUCAGGACAUGGCGUGCGAUACGUUUAUAAAGAUCGCUCAGAAGUGUCGGCGACACUUCGUUCAGGUCCAGGUCGGAGAAGUGAUGCCUUUCAUCGAAGAGAUCCUCACAAACAUUAAUACUAUUAUAUGUGAUCUUCAGCCGCAACAGGUCCACACGUUUUACGAAGCGGUGGGACAUAUGAUAAGCGCUCAGACCGACCAAUCAAUUCAAGAGCAUUUGAUAGAGAAAUACAUGUUUCUACCGAAUCAGGUCUGGGAUGACAUCAUAAAUCAGGCGACGAAGAAUGUGGACGUCCUUAAAGAUCCGGACGCCGUUAAACAGUUGGGAAACAUAUUAAAGACAAAUGUGAGGGCGUGUAAGGCUUUAGGGCACCCAUAUAUGGCUCAAUUGGGCCGCAUAUACCUCGAUAUGUUGAACGUAUACAAAGUGAUGAGUGAGAACAUCAGUGCCGCCAUUGCUCUCAACGGAGAAGUGGUGACAAAACAGCCACUCAUUAGAUCCAUGAGGACUGUUAAGAAGGAGACAUUAAAGUUGAUUACCGGUUGGGUCUCGCGAUCGACAGAUCCUCAGUUAGUGCUCGACAACUUCAUCCCUCCAUUACUGGAUGCGGUUCUUCUCGAUUAUCAAAGAUGUUCUGUGCCUUCAGCUCGAGAACCAGAAGUGCUCUCAACUAUGGCUACAAUUGUCAGCAAAUUAGAGAAUCACAUCACUUCCGAAAUACCAAAAAUAUUUGACGCCGUCUUUGAAUGCACUCUAGAGAUGAUAAACAAAGACUUUCAGGAAUUUCCUGAACACAGAACCAAUUUUUUCCUUCUGUUGCAACAAGUGGUGACCCAUUGCUUCCAAGCCCUCCUCAACAUCCCUCCCACACAAUUCAAAUUAGUGUUGGACUCAAUCAUAUGGGCCUUUAAGCACACGAUGCGCAACGUGGCCGACACCGGCCUCUCCAUCCUCUUUAAACUGCUCGAAAACAUUGGCACUGAAGAGACAGUUAUGCAGAGUUUCUAUCAAACUUACUAUACAGACAUUGUUCAGCACAUGUUUUCAGUGGUGACCGACACUUCGCAUACGGCGGGACUGCUAAUGCAGGCCAACAUAUUGGCCUAUAUGUUCUAUAUAGUCGAGUCCAACAAAAUCACCAGUCCUUUGAACCCAGCCGUACAGACCAGCGCUCAGACGAAUAUCCAAUACAUUCAGGAAUUUGUAGCCAAUCUGCUGAAGACGGCGUUCCCUCACUUGACUGAAGCCCAGAUCAAGAUCACUGUUCAGGGCUUCUUCAACCUCGACCAAGACGUGCCCGCCUUUAAGGAACACUUACGAGACUUUCUCGUCCAGAUUAGGGAGUUCGCCGGCGAAGACAACAACGAUCUAUUCCUCGAGGAAAGAGAGGCCUCCUUAAGGCAGAAGGAAGAAGACAAGCGUCGAAUCCAACUAUCAGUUCCGGGAAUUAUUAAUCCUCACGAAAUGCCUGAAGAGAUGGCAGACGACGACAACUGAUUGAUGGCAACAAUCUCUCAAAGAAUUGAAUUAUUUUAUUGCUUUAGUAUUAGAAUUUAAAUAAGAAUUUCAUAACUAAAUGAAACAAAUCUAUGAUUUUAUAACAGAAUAGAGAGAAAUGAACCAAAUUUAGUGAUUCCUAAGUAUAUUAUAUUUGUUAACUAAAAUUAUAAGACAAAAAAAUUGGGAAAAUUUUUUUAGAGAGACAUCUAAUCAGCGAUGCACUGGUGGACUAAAUUGACUCUCAAAGAGUCGUCAUUAAAACAAGUGUUUAUAUAUUAGUAUAAUAUUUAUGAUAUGAUUGAGUGUUAGUUUUAAACAAAUUGAAUGAAUGGAUGUGUGAUUACUGUAUGAAUGUGUCUAUUAUUGUCUCAAUUAUUGUAAUUUUAUGUAAAUCUGAAGAUCCGCUCAUUUUUUCCAUAAAUUCAUUUUCACUUCAAUUCUUAUAUGAUUUUGAAUUCAAUUAUCGAUUAAUACAGAAAUUAUUGAUUAAAACAAAGUUGUGAUAAAA